AUGUGCCUUGCUAAUGCGGACAGGGUAGAUAAAUUCUUCGUCCAACAUCUGUCCCUCGACGCCGAGGACGCGGUGAUGCUGCACCACAGAUAUUACAAGGAAUAUGGCCUUGCGAUCGAAGGGCUAACUCGCCACCACAAGAUCGACCCGCUUCUCUUUAACAAGGAAGUAGACGAUGCAUUACCGCUGGACGAGAUACUUAAGCCGAACCCGCAGCUCAGACGGAUGCUGGAGGACUUUGAUCGGUCCAAGGUGAAGUUGUGGUUGUUGACGAAUGCCUACGUCACGCACGGGAAUAGAGUGAUUAAGCUUUUGGGAGUAGAGGAUAUGUUUGAGGGGAUCACUUACUGUGACUAUGCGGCGGAGAAGCUAGUGUGUAAACCUGAUCGGGAGAUGUUUCUGAAGGCAGAGCGGGAAGCUGGGGCACCCUCGACAGAGGAGUGUUACUUUGUCGAUGACUCGCACUUGAACUGUCGUCAUGCGCAGGCGCACAAUUGGACCACGGUGCACUUUGUCGAGCCCAUCCUUCCGCCUCCAGAGACUCCGGCGUCAAAGUACCAGAUCAGCGACCUAGAGAAGCUCCGCAGCCUGUUCCCGCAGUUUUUCAAGAAAGACACGGCCUAG